ACUGCGCCAGUACAUCGCCAUAGAGAUCUUCGAGGCGCAGGUACCUGUCAACUGCCCCGUCUGCCACGAAAGCAUGCACCCAUCAGAUGUACAUCGAAUCGUGGACAACCCUGUGCUGUACGAGAAAUAUGAAGAGUUCUCGGUGCGGCGCGCGCUCGCCGCCGACCCCGACACGAGGUGGUGCCCCGCGCCCGACUGUAGUUUCGCGGUAGUGGCGACGGGCUGCGCAUCAUGCCCGAAGCUUACGUGCCUAGCGCCGGGUUGUGGAGCGUCAUUCUGCUACCACUGCAAGGCGGCCUGGCAUCCUACGCAGACCUGUGACGCCGCGCGCCGCAGCCGCCAACCGCCGCCGCGCGCGCCGCAGCCCUCGCACACAGACCUCGACCACGGCGAAGUGAAGCCGUGCCCGCGCUGCUCGGUGCUGAUCGUGAAGGUGGAGGACGGCUCGUGCAACCACAUGGUGUGCUGCGUGUGCGGCGCCGAGUUCUGCUGGCUCUGCAUGAAGGAGGUCUCUGAUCUGCACUACCUUAGCCCGAGCGGCUGCACGUUCUGGGGCAAGAAGCCGUGGUCGCGCAAGAAGAAGCUUCUCUGGCAGCUGGGCACGCUCGCGGGCGCGCCGCUGGGCAUAGCGGUCGUGGCGGGCGUGGCGCUGCCGGCGCUGCUGGUGGGGCUGCCGCUGUGGGCCGGCCGCCGCGCGCACCGCCGGCUGCGUCGUGCUCCGCCCGCCCGCCGUCGUGCUGCUGUAGCCGCUGCCGUCGCUGCUGCUCUGGUGGUGUCUCCGCUGGUGGCGGGUCUGGCGGUGGGCAUCGGCGUGCCGAUCCUGCUGUUCUACGUGUACGGCGUGGUGCCGGUGUCGCUGUGUCGCGCCGGCGGCUGCGGGCCCCAGCCGCCGCCGCCGCGCUUCGACGACGCGCCCGACCUCGACGCCGCCUCGCGCCGCCUCGAGCCCAGCAUCGGUGACGCGUCGCUGUCGGCGGGCUCGCACCACGCGGAGUUACGAGCGCCGUCGCUGGCGGCGCUGGCGGGCUCGCUGGGCGGCCACGACGCGCCCUCGCCCGCCGCCGCGCGCCUCGACGUGGCCGACGUGGCGCCCGACGCCGCCUCCGCCGCGUCCGCCGCGUCCUGGCCCGACGACCUGCCGUCCACGUCCUCGCGAGCCGCGCGCCUCCGCUCGCUGUUCCUGUACGGAUCCGCCGCGCCGCCCGAACCCGACCCCGAGGCGCCGCCGCCGCGACCCGCCGCGUAGCCGUGACUGAGACGAUUCGGAAUUGUAACGAGACAAUUGACGUCGUGACGCCGAUGGGGCAGCAAGGUUCUGGAAUGGAGGCCACGUACCGGAAAACGCAGCGUGGGACGUCCACCCACAAGGUGGACCGACGACCUGAUAAAGGCAACGGGAAGGCGCUGGAUGCAGGCCGCUACCAACCGUGCGAUGUGGAAGUCAUUGGGGGAGGCCUAUGUUCAGCAGUGGACGUCCUAUAGCUGAAAUGAUGAUGAUGAUUUGACGUCGUAAUAAGAAUAUCAGUGAUCUAUGUCCGGUUUGAAUGAACGCAGCUCACCAGUUCGAUUAUGUGUGAUCGCCGCCUCCGCCGCGUCCUGGCCCGACGACCUGCCGUCCACGUCCUCGCGAGCCGCGCGCCUCCGCUCGCUGUUCCUGUACGGAUCCGCCGCGCCGCCCGAACCCGACCCUGAGGCGCCGCCGCCGCGACCCGCCGCGUAACCUUGGCUGAGACGAUUCGGAAUGACUGCUAUCGUUUUUAUACUUAACAGUUGGCACCCCUGGCGAUUGACAGGACCUUACUCUACAGUGGCGCCAUCUUGAUGAGCGCAAAUGCGAUAGUCCUCCUACCAUUUUCGCGCUCACCAGCCGGCGCCACUGUCUUCGCUACUAGCAAGUGACAGGACCUUACACUACAGAGGCGCCAACUGGUGAGCGCUAAAACGAUAGCCCUCAUUGUAACGGGACAAUUGACGUCGUAAUAAGAAUAUCAGUGAUCUAUGUCCGGUUUGAAUGAACGCAGCUCACCAGUUCGAUUAUGAUGUGUGAUCGACGCCUCGGCGAUACGUCCGCCGCGACCGCGCUCCGGCACCGGACAAACGGACGUUUGAAGUGAAAAUGAUUGAAAUUGAUCGAAAUACUCUAUACGUAAUUUCUCAGUUGUGUAAAAAUAUGAUUGAUAGUUUUAUUGAGAGUUAGAAAGCAGAAGCGAGAUGCGUUUUGCGCUGACGCACCGCACUCUAGUCCCGCAGUCCGAUGAGUAUGUUUCGAAAGCCGCAGUGGAGAACGUAGAUGUGAUCCGAACGGAAAUAGUAUUAAUGAAUCGUGCAACGACAGAUGUGCCCUAGUGCGGACGCCGCUUCCCGGAGUGUACUAGCGUAGUGAACAUGAUGAGGUCGCAUGCUCCCCGUCUCUCGAUAGAGUAUUUGUCCACUGAUGCACCAAUCUUUGUGCCAAUAUAAGAGUGUAUCGAUUCGAAGUAAGCACACGACUAGAUAAGUAUUGUAAGGCCCCAAUCUGAAGUUGGCAGCCCCGCUACGAUAGAUGCUUCGCGCUUACAGUGCAGUGUUACUCUAUCCGAUAUUUGUGAUACUUUGAAUAAUAAUUACUAUUAAUGAUCUAAAUUAUUUAAUUUUUCACGUUUGUAGGCAAAAAGUAAUGUUAAGUGAUAAUUAUUACGUUAUGUGAAUUAUAUAAAAUGUAAACUAUGAUUAAAAUGUGAUUAAAUCUA